AUGGCUUCCGCUGCAGCCAGUCGCGAGACGGCAGGCACGACCCUGGCGAGCCAAAAUGCGGGUCCCCUAUUCUCAACCGUCUUCAACACGACGUCAACCACGGACUCGACCACGACCACAUACACGACGUACACGGACAACGUGCCGUCCCACGCACCACCGUCCGCCAACUCCACCGCCGCUUAUACGUACGCAUCCUCCUCUGCGCAGCCUCGACCACGGCCGACGACCAGUGCCGGCGAAGCCUUCCGCACCGUCCAACCGUCAUCCUCGUUCUCCCCCUUUUCCUCCGCUUCCGCCUCAUCCUUUGUGCCUCAACGGGAACCGCCCUCAAUUCCCCCACCACCACUCCCGGCCGUCCCCUUUGUACCGCCUGUAUCAACCGGCAGCGGAACCACUAGCAGCGAGCGCCACAAGCCCAACGUCCUGACCAAGGAGCGCCGGCCAUCCCUGAGCAAAAAGGCCUCGUUCACACGCAGCCGCGGCUCGACCUUGACGUCGACCAACUCUACAUCCACGUCCGCAUCCACGUCUGCUUCCACAUCCACUACCAACGGCACCAGAAGCUCCGGCAUCGGCUCCCUGUUCCACCACCAGCGCCACAAGAGCGCCAGCAGCAUUGCUUUUGGCAGCAGCAACGACAAUCCGAAAAAGGGGAACGUGGGACACGCUGAAGGCGUCAGCUACAUCGUCAGCACCAACACCGCAGACACCUGGCCGCCACCCCUACCGUCCGACUGGGCCUCAGCCACUGCAUCGGCCACAGAGCGCAUCUCUGCGUCGCCCAACAUCCACGUCGUUCCGUCGAGCAGUCCAAACGCGUCGCCCGUCAAGACCUGGUCCACAUUUACGACCGCCACUUUGUCCUCCUCGACGACUGCUACCACGAUUGUGCCGACCAGCCCGGUCACAACCUCUUAUUUUACGCACAAUUUUACACAUCCAUCUGCUUCGGCCCCAAACAAAAUGCUCAGCGGGGUCCUCUCAACGCCCGCCACCACUGGACUGGGUCUCUCCGUUCCGACCGGCUCCAGUCCGAACUCGGCCGUCGUGGCCGCGUCCUCUGACGGCGCAGUGCUGUACCAUCACAUCCAGGAGAUGGUUAACAAGCGCAUUUCCACGUUGGACUAUCUACGGAAGGCAUACGAGGGCCGUGUCUACUGGUUCAACACGCUGCGUUUCGACCGCCCCGACAUCAACCGCAUGUCCUACUUUGACACCCGCCGCCUCAGCCGCCGCGCCACCAACUACUUGCUGCUCGGCCUGUCGGUGCCUGCCGUCGUCGACCUCAACUCGGCCAACGUCAUUGAGCUGCUCCGAAGCCUGGGGGCCCUGAUGACCGAGUUCGAGUCGUUCCAGCAGCUGCACUCUGAACCCGGCUCGGGCAGCGGCGCCGGCUCGCUGUCCCGGGCCGCACGCCUGCCCAACAUGUUCCGGCGCACGCCCGGGUCCAAGGUGCGGCGCACGAGCAGCAGCGCGGCGUCGGGGUCCAACGAUUUCGGGAGCAGUUUUGACGGCAGCAUGUCGACGGCUGGUGCCAGCAGCGGCGCAUCGGGGGCCGCCAACAUGGUGCCUCCCUCGUCGUCGGGCGGCGGCAGCAGUUCGGGGUUGGCCGACGGCCUUGGCGGCAGCGCCCUGACCCUCGUCAACAGCGAGAGCGCCGGCAGUGUCCAUGCCGGCGCCAACGGCGGGAACGGCGGCGUGCCGCCGCUGCCGAGCGGCGCUGCUGCGCUGAGCAAUUCCAGCGUCGGCGGGCUGGGUGGCCUGAGCGGCGGCAUCGGCACGUCGUCCAUGACCGGCUACGUCACCUCGACCGCGUUUGCCACCUACUACGACAACAACACCGACCUGCUGCCUGGCGAGGAGUACACGUUUUUGCUCACGCCCAGCCUGCCCUUUGACCCAGACUUUUUCGAGACCUUUUCCACGCUCUGCGACGUCCUCAUUGACAGCUACCAGCGUAUCCUGAGUCUCAUGGUGUCGCCCCGCGACUGCACGCCGCUCGUUUUGGAGCUGUUCAGCAAGGCGGACGCGCGUGUUCGCAAGCUGCUGGUGCAGAACGUGGUCAAGGAGUUCGAGGACCACAGCCGCGGGGGCGUCAAGAUGGAGGUCGCCAAUGUGGGCAAAGUUGUCCUGAGUGGGUUAAUGUGA